AUGACUACGAAAUCAUUUAAGGACCGGCUCAUUGAGGCCGGCACCGCCCGACCGGAUACCGAAAACAGCAUCAAUAGCGACCAGUACGAUCCGGUGUCGGAUCUGUACGAGCUGUUCCCCACGCCGGUGAGUCUCUCGCAAUUGGACACCUUACUUGCGUACGUUAACGUGUACAAGUUGCAACUGGAUGAGGACAUUCGAGAGAGCCAAUCGAACUACAACAGCUUUGUGUUUGACCGCGAGGACGGCCAGGACGUUCUGGCGUCGGCAGACGAGAAGUUGGACGACCUCAUCACCGAAUUGAAUGAAACAAAGAUAUCUGCCGAGAAUACAGGCACCACAAUUAAUCAGAUGACCGCAAGCAUUAAGACGCUGGAUAACGCAAAGAAAAACCUCACGUUGACAAUGACAAUCCUCAAACGACUGCAAAUGUUGAUCACCGCGUACGAGAAUCUCGAGACCUUUCUUAGUGAUAGCUCGAACCCGGUGAAGGACUAUCUGCAGAUCAAACAGCUGUUCAGUGUGGUUGUCGAGCUGAUGCAGCAUUUCCAGUCAUACAAAAGCAUAGACGAGAUCAACACGCUGAACAAGAAAAUCAGUUCUCUCAAGAAUAGAAUAAUAGACGAGAUCUUUGCCGACUUUGAGCUCGAGUAUCAAGAAGAGUUGCAUAAUCCACAAUUGGUCGACGCGUGCGAGCUUCUAGACAUGUUGGGGCAGCCGUACAGGGAUAAACUCAUGAACUGGUACACCAUCACUACUUUGAAGGAGAUCACACAGAUAUUCAAGUCGACAGAAGAAGCAGGUUCUCUUGACAACCUGAAAAGACGGUUCAUGUUUUUCCGGCAGGUGCUGGAGAAUUUUGAGUCUCGACACGCGCUGAUGUUUCCUGCUUCGUGGAAUAUGUCGCAGGCUCUUACCAGGAACUUCUGUGAGAUCACGCGCAAGGAUUUGAAGGAAGUCACCGAAAAAGAGACCCGUUUCACAGGAAGUAAAGUUGACGUCAACUUGCUCCUUAGCUCGCUGGGAGAAACUUUAGAGUUCGAGUCUUUCUUGGACAAGAAGUUCAAACAGAGCUUUGACGGCAUGAUUUCAGACGUGUUUGAGCCGUACUUGAACAUCUGGAUCGACCAUCAAGGAACAGUGAUCAAUAGCAAGUUCAUCGAGUUCAUCAACCCGUCCAACAUGUUGAAGAAAUCGGGAGUCGAAGCCGGCGGGUCCACGGUCAACGUCCUGGAAUCAGCUGCGGAUUUGUUCAGACUUUACCGUCAAAUAUUAAGUCAGCUUUCCAAAUUGUCUCAAGGAGAGUCUUUGGUGAGACUUUCAACUGUGUUUUCAAACUUUUUGUUGAAAUACCGCGAGACAGUGCUGAUUCCGCUGGUUCCUGAUCCGAAGAGUCUUUCUUCUGGUACGGAAGCCGAACAGAACGAAGGAAUGGAGCUGAUCUGUUUGGUUCUAAAUACCGCAGACUAUUGCUCUGUGACCGUGUCUCAGUUAGAAGAAAGGUUUGUGUCCCUUGUGCAUCCUUCUGAACUCGCACAGAGAAUCGACUUCGAAAAGUCCCGUACCGUUUAUCUCAACCUGAUCAAUAAUUGCAUCAAUCUGCUGUUUGUCAAGGUGGAGAACGAUCUCCAGCUCUCGUGGCGAGAGAUGGUGAACUUCAACUGGAGAGCGCACAACGAGGUGACAAGCGAGUCACGGUACAUGGAGUCUGUCAAGGCUGCAGUCAAGGAGGACUGUGCUGCCAUUUUUCCGAACUUCAAUCGGGUUCUGUACAUUCGGAACUAUCUGGAUAAGCUGGUUGAGCUUGUUUUAAGCGAAUUCUGGCUCAACACUGUGAAACUGAGACCAAUCACAGAAAUCAUGGCGGAACAGCUUGUGUUUGAUCUGCAGUCGCUGAAAACGUUUCUACUAGACCUGCCCACAUUGUCGCCAGAACCAAUCAAGAUCACCUCGUCGUCGAGUUUCUCAAAGAACAUCGGCACCAAGGUGUUAAACAUUAACACCAUCUUGAAGAUUCUGAUGGUCAAGACCUCUCCUAUGAGUGACUUCAUAGCCAGUUACUUCACCAUUGUGGCAGACUCGAACUUCUCGAACUUUAUGAAAGUCUUGAAACUUAAGGGACUGCUGUCCAACGAGGCAAGCUACGAAAAGGAAAGGUUCCGGUAUGUCGACCAGUUUAAAACGCAGCUGCGCCAAUACGAAACUAUGGAGGAGACUCUGCCUGAAAGCAAUGCGUUCUUGGAGAACUUAAAAUUGGAGAACGUGACGGCCGGUGUUGUUUCGUCGCCAAAUUUGGCUCUUUCCGGGUUCUUCAACAGCCCUAAUUCCAACUUCAAGAUAGACAAACAAUCCUUACUGUCCACGCGUGAUAACUUUGAGAAGAACAUUGCCAAGACGUUCAGCAUGAACGACAACAAAAUCGACAUUGGCGAAAACCUCAAGAGUUUUGGUAAGUUCUUUAAAAAGAAUUAG